AUGGCCUGCACUGAGGUCCCACAGCAGCCCCAGCCCACCUCUGCAGGAGCCACCACCACCGACACCGCAAUCCCUGCUGGGGGUCGUUGCAGAUCCCUGGACGGUGACCUGGACGGUGACCUGGACGGUGAUCUGGAGUGCCUGGUGUGCCGGGAGCCCUACAGCAGUGCCCGAUUUCCCAAGCUGCUGAGCUGCCAGCAUGCCUUCUGCGCUGUCUGCCUGAAGCUCCUGCUGUGCAUGCAGGAUGGCACCUGGUCCAUCAUCUGCCCACUGUGCCGCAAGGCCACCGCUGUCCCUGGGGGCCUCAUCUGCAGCCUGUGUGACCAGGAGGCUGUGGUGAGGCGGUUAGCCCGGCCAUGCCCAGAGGUGCGGCUCUGUCCUCAGGAGCUGGCGAAUCCUGCCAACUUGACAGCAGGGCACCCCGGCUUGUCAGGAGAGGAUGAGCAGGAUGUGGCAAGUGCCAGCCUCGUGGCAGCCCGGCGCCUGGUGGCACACCUGCUCCUACUGGUCUUGCUCAUCAUCCUCAUCCUGCCCUUCAUCCACCCCGGCGUCAUCCAGUGGGCGCUCACCUUUAUCAUCAUCCUGACCCUGCUGAUGUCCACCCUCUUCUGCUGUCACCCCAGCAGCCAGAGCAGCUGCCGGCCCUCCCCCAGGACUGUCUUCUGCAGAGAGCAGAAACGUAGUGAGAUCUCUUCCAUCGCUUGA